AGAAGACAACAAUGUUAAGUAUCUCAAGGCCAAGCUGGGCUACAGGAAGAUAAAAACCCAGGUUCCCAGGCCUUGACAAACAAUACGUUGCGCAGCAUCCUCAUCUCGUCACUCCUAUCUCCAGCCUCCGACCAGACGGACAGAACCAACAGCAAGCGGCCUCUUUUGCCUGACUCGAAAAGCUGUUCCACCCAGCUCGUCCGCCAUGUCCUUUGCGUUCACCAUCUCGAUAAUGCUUCUGGGCUCUUCGGCCGUGAUUGCGUUUGUCUUGCAGCCAUCCAAUGAAGAACCUGCAACCUCUGCCAUCUCUGCCAUCAGUUGCCAUGGCGAGUCAUUGGAGUCCAUCAGGAAGAGUAUCCUUAGGGCUCUCAACCUGGAGGCCGAGCCUCGGCUUCCUGCUGGCGGGCUGCACGCUAUCAGAGAGCAAUGGCAGCGCGCCAUUUCUCACAGAGCCAAAGUUGCUGCAGCUGCAGCAGCCCCUGACUCACAUGAUGGAGAAAACAGUCUGAGGUGCUGCUCCGUGGCCUCUGAGAUCUUCAUGAAAGAGCUGGGCUGGGACAACUGGGUGAUCCAUCCCUCCAGCCUCACCAUUGUUCAGUGUGCACUCUGCAACCCUGAGAUGAACACCGUGCAAUGUCCAUCAUCCCACACCAAUGGCCAGGAGGCCAACUCACAGGUCCAGGUGCCAUGUUGUCAGCCCAGCUCCCAGGAAAUGGUGCCCAUCGUCUAUGUGGACGAGUCCAGCACUGUCGUCAUUUCCUCUGUGCAGCUGACCCGCAGCUGCGGCUGUGGACCCGGAGCCAACAAAGCGUAAAGUUGGUUUCCUGUGACAUCUGUUAGCCACUUGGCACGUAAACAAAAAAUACAGACAUUUAGAAGUAGAUAAUACCUCUAGGUGCAGGCCUAUCUUCACUUAUGUUGCUUUUUCAACUCUGAGCGUGGGAACCUAAGUUUUGCAUUCCUGUUUCUCUGCUGUAGCCAGAAAAAAAGAGAUACAAGGGGGUAGGACAGAUUUGUCGAGUCACUCGACCACAAAACUGAUUUACAAUUAUAUGCUCUUUUAAUAGUGGUGGUGAGAGAAGGGGAUUAUUGAGCUCGAUCACACAUGACUGUUCUCAAAUUACAAUUUAUUUCAUGUGAUACUGUUUUUAAUAAAGAGUUACCAGUUCGAUUUUGCAGGUUAAUAAAAAAGAGAAUUUCUGCAGAUGAAUCCAAGUAUUCCUCUUGCAACAAGUUAUAAAAAAGUGAUGUGAAAUGCAGCUGACACCAGUUUAUCUUUUAAACAGGUCAUGAGUCCACAGCUUUAUUUAUAACUAACAGUAAUCUAGUGUCCCCUCCAAAAAUCUGAGAUGGUCCGAAGCCAAUCCUCCCUCUGAUCUGUUUUCAUCUCAUGGAAAACAGUUCCAUUUCAUCCCGACAGGCCAAAUUGCAUCAUAUUAAAAACAGACUUAAAAGCGAUAAAUGAAAUACAGGCUCGUAAUUUUGAUGCUUCAAAUCAAACUCCCUGCACCUAAAAGUCUGUGUAAAUGAAUAACAUCUGUUUUGUACUUUUCCACAAACUUCCAUUUGCCAUGUUCCAUCUUCAUGUUUCUCCAAGCAGAAUUUUUUUUUAAAAAAGGACAAUGCUGCCCCCCUCCAAAAACAACUGUGACAAUUAAACAAUUAUUAUUAGUUAUAUGAAAUAUACAUUUUUUGCAACAAAACAAAGUUGCUUUGUAUCAUGUUGUGGGCAAAGAAAAAUCUGAAUUUAAUCAUUAUAAUUUCAACCAAGUGUAAACAUUUCUAUAUUUCACAUUGUAUUGCAUUGUAUUCACAUUGUAGUGAUCUGUAAUUUUGGCAAGAACAAAAAGUCAAUAAUUAUUAAUCAUAAAGUUUUUGUCCUGGCACACAAAAGUGUAAUUUAAAUUAAAUGGUGCUUAAAUUGUGAUUAAAAAUAAUAAUACAAAAAAAUUAAAGGUUUAUAAAAAUUUAAAUCCUGGCACCCAAAAGUGGAAUUCAAAUUAAAUGGGGUUUGUGAUUUAAAUGAAUUAGAAUUUUUUUUAUUGAGGUUUAUUACUCUUGGUGUCAGUGCUAUUAUUUCUUCAGUUAACUCAUGUAUUAAUCCAAAGCAUAUUUUCCAAUGUAUACAAUUUUAUAUACAUUUUUUAACAGCUCACUUCUCAUGAUAUUUUAUAGUUCUCAGUUGUUUGCUUGUAUUCUCCCACUCACUUCACCAAGUUACCUCACCAUUCACUUUUCAAGUAUUGUUUGUAUUUUUUAGGAGUGGGCUGUUACGUCACCUGAAAUUAAUCAAUAGACUUAGAUCGCAUGAAAAAUGAUUUAUUGUGCAUAUACCGCUGAUUUAGCAUCUUAAUCAUUUGUACAAAGUCAGUGAUUUCUCUCUGGCAUUUUUUGAAUAAAGAUAAUUGACAUCAA